AUGAGGUUCCUGGUACUUACUCUCCUGCUGAUAUUGAUGGUGGCGGCCACUUCCUGCUUGGCCCAAGAACACCACCGGAAAACUUUGAAUGAUGAAACGGCUCACGAGAUCCACCAGCGAAAGCUCAAAGAAAGUACAGACAGCACUGUUAACAACCACCACUACAUUCCCCGGUCGGAGUACGGCAACGGUGGUGGCUCCACCGAUGAUGCAAACCUGCUAAACCACCAUUACAUUCCAAGGCAAGACUUCAACAACGACGGUGGCUCCCACGACGAUGAGAUGAAACCGUGA